UCUAACUUCUUUCGUUGAGCUAUUUCCGCUAUAAACAAAAAUAAUCAAGAUAUUUAUUUCAUUCAUGAUACUUUAAUUAUCAUGUAUGUCUCAGAUUCUAAUAUCUUCCCUUCAAAGGGGAUGAGAAUAAGGAUUUGCCAUAUGGAUGGACGUAACUAUGUGAUCGACCUGAACUCGAAUAUAAAGAUUGACGAACUAAAAAUAAUGUCUUUAAGUCACUUUAAUGACCCAGCAGAAAGCAUUAAAACUUCGUUGUAUCACAAGGUUUUACUCGUAAGAACUGGUCAGGUGUUAUCUGAAGAGAAAACGAUAUCAGAAGAAGGAGUCAAAGAAAAUGAUGAACUGAUGUUGCUGAAGAAAAGAUUGACACCCUCACCUUUAGAGAGUAAAGAUGGCCUGGUAAAUAAAGACGAAAGCAGGAAAGGACCAACAGCUGAAGAAAUUAAAGAAAUAACAGGAGAACUGUCAGCUACUAAAAGAGGACCUCAGCCUGAAGUGUCGAAUGAUGAUUUUCAUUCAGAGUUGCAAAAGAUUUUGGUAGCUUUGGUGGAGUUAUCACAGAAAUUGCUAUGUAUGAAUCCAGAUGUAUCUAAAUUAUUUAAAGGGGCUGAAGGUUUAUCAAAUGAGACAGAAGUAAAGGCUGAUGAAGAUUUAGUAAAACAACUAACAGACAUGGGUUUCUCUGUGUCCAAAGUAACCAAAGCUUUAGAACAAACAAAAAACUCUUUUAAUUCAGCAAUGGAAUGGCUUUUACAACAUGCAUUAGACCCUGAACCAGAAAAUACACAGGAGGAUCAGGUAGAAGGUGCCACAGGAAUAACUUUACCAGAAACCAUAAAGGAAGACACACAUCAAAGUAAUCUUCAGUCUCUACGAGCUCUAGGGAAGAAAGAAUUCAAACCUAAUCCUCAGGCCUUGUUAAAUCUUGUAGAGAUGGGAUUUGAUGAGGCAGAAGUUAUUGAAGCUUUAAAGGUUUCCAGGAAUGAACAGAAUGGUGCUUGUGAGUGGUUGCUAGGAGACAGAAAAACUAGAAUUGAGGAAAGUGAACCAGAAGGUUUAGAUUCAUCUAGUCAAAUGUACAAAGCUUUAGUGUCAAAUCCUAAUGUUCAGCUGGGCUUAAAUAAUCCAAGAUGUUUAUUAGCUAUGAUACAACUAUUAGAAAGCCCUUUAACCUUACACCAGUGGCUGAGUGACCCAGAAACUGGACCAUUUAUUGUUCAUAUUACAAGGAUAUACCAUUCUUGGAAAUAUUCUAGUGAAACUGACAACGAUGGACAAAUCAAAUAAUUUAUUGUUUAUAUCUGUGAUAUUGAUUUGUGAUACCUGUUAUUUAAAGUGCCUUAAUUAUUUAUUGAUAAUAAAAAAAAACAUAUUUGCUAA